AAUUUACCAACGAAAAAAAAAAAAAAAAAAAGGGAGAAAAUUGGAAAACACAAAAUUGAGAAACAAGACAAACUGUUUUUUCAUUAGGCACCAAUAAUAUAGAAACUCAUAAUGCAAAGCGCGCCAAAUACUUGGUGUAUAUACAUAUAAUUGGAUUCCCCAGUGAGUGGAAGCCCAGCCGAAGAGGUUUUCGUCAGUGCCGGUGCCACCACCAUGGGAAAGCAGAAGCAACAGGUUAUAUCGCGCUUCUUUGCUCCCAAAACCAAAGAACUGCCCUCUUCUUCCUCAACAACACCGCAAAACCCUUCAUCUUCUUCAUCGAUUCCCUCUUCUUUCCAAAACCCACCAACCCCACCUCCCAAAAUCUCUGCCACCGUCACUUUCUCGCCUUCCAAACGCUCACUCUCCUCCCACCUUGCCUCCCAAUCUCCCAAACCUCCUAAACUCCCCAAACUCUCUCCUCACACCCACAAUCCUAUACCCCUACAGUCCAAUCCCUCUCUCCAUCAAAAGUUCCUCGAUAAACUUCUAGAACCACCCGGCCCUGAUCAUCCAGAAAAUUCCUCCACUCAAAACCCAAAGCUUUCUUCUUCUAACCCUUCAGUCAAAUACACUCCUCUGGAGCAACAAGUGGUUGACCUAAAAGAGAAAUACCCAGAUGUUAUUUUGAUGGUAGAAGUUGGUUACAAGUACCGAUUUUUCGGCGAAGAUGCUGAAAUCGCUGCACGGAUUUUGGGUAUUUAUGCCCACAUGGAUCAUAAUUUUAUGACUGCGAGUGUGCCCACGUUUAGAUUGAAUGUACAUGUUAGGAGGCUGGUGAACUCUGGGUAUAAGGUUGGUGUGGUGAAGCAGACCGAAACUGCAGCCAUUAAAGCCCAUGGAUCAAACAGGUUGGGUCCGUUUUGUAGGGGAUUGUCGGCAUUGUAUACAAAGGCAACACUGGAGGCGGCUGAGGAUUUGGGAGGAGGGGAAGAGGGCUGUGGGGAAGAUAGUAGUUAUUUGGUUUGUGUUGUGGAGAAGAGUGUUUUGGUGGAGAAUGUGGAUUGUGGAGUGGAAAGUGGGUUUGAUGUGAGAAUUGGGAUUGUUGCGGUGGAAAUAUCGACUGGGGAUGUUGUUUAUGGGGAGUUCAAUGAUAAUUUCAUGAGGAGUGGACUUGAGGCUAUUGUUUUGAGCUUGUCUCCUGCUGAGUUGCUUCUUGGGGAGCCACUUUCCAAGCAAACUGAUAAGUUAUUACUUGCGUAUGCUGGACCUGCCUCACAUGUUCGUCUGGAGCGUGUCUCACGAGAUUGCUUCAAAGAUGGUGGUGCACUUGCUGAAGUGGUUACUUUAUAUGAAAACAUGGAUGAAGAGAGUUCGUUAGAUCAUUCAAAACAAAACUCAGAGGCAAUAGAUCGGGGAGAUUGCCGUUUGGCAAUUGAGGCAAUCAUGAACAUGCCAGAUUUGGCCGUCCAAGCUAUGGCCCUGACCAUUCGUCAUCUGAAACAAUUUGGUUUUGAAAGGAUUAUACAACUAGGAGCCUCUUUUAGGCCUUUCUCAAGCAAGCUGGAGAUGACCCUCUCAGGCAAUGCGCUUCAACAGUUGGAGAUUUUGAAGAACAACAGUGAUGGCUCUGAGUCUGGCUCCUUGCUUCAAUCUAUGAAUCACACUCUUACUAUAUAUGGGUCAAGGCUUCUUAGGCACUGGAUUACUCACCCUUUAUGUGAUAGAAACAUGAUUACUGCUCGCCUCAAUGCUGUUUCUGAGAUAAGAGAAUCAAUGGGAUCUUGUAAAGCUUCUCAGGAUAUUGGAGGGUUAGAUGCAGGAGAUGGAAGAACUAUACACUCUGAGUUUAAUUAUGUACUUUCUUCAGUUUUGACAACUUUGGGAAGGUCACCUGAUAUUCAACGUGGAAUAACAAGAAUUUUCCAUCGGACUGCCACCCCAUCUGAGUUUGUUGUAGUUAUUCAAGUAAUUUUAUACGCUGGAAAACAACUUCAGCAACUUCACAUUGAAGAAGAGGAUGGUGACCAAAAUUUGAGGGUAAAGACCGUGCAUUCUGAGCUAUUGAGAAAGCUAAUACUUGCUGCUUCAUCGUUCAGUGUAAUUGAAAAUGCUGCUAAACUAUUAUCUACCUUAAACAAAGAAGCAGCUGAACAAGGAGAUUUGUCAAACUUAAUUAUCAUAUCUAAUGGUCGAUAUCCUGAGGUUGCUAGAGCCCGAAAAGAGGUUCAAUUAGCAAAGGAGAAGUUGGAUUCUCUGAUCAGUUUGUAUCGCAAGCAGCUUAGAAUGAGCAAGUUGGAGUUCAUGAGUGUGUCUGGAACAACACAUUUGAUAGAGGUUUCCUGUGAUGUAAAGGUACCUUCAAAUUGGGUUAAGGUUAGUAGUACCAAGAAAACAAUACGUUAUCACCCACCUGAAGUGUUGACUGCUUUAGACCAGUUAUGCCUGGCAAACGAGGAACUCACUGUUGCCUGUCGAGCUGCUUGGGAUAGCUUUUUAAGAGCAUUCAGUAAAUAUUAUCCAGAGUUCCAAGCUGCUGUUCAAGCGCUGGCCACUUUGGAUUGUUUACAUUCACUUGCCAUUCUUUCUAGAAAUAAGAAUUAUGUUCGUCCAGUUCUUGUAUAUGAUGAUGAACCUGUUCAGAUACACAUCCAUGGUGGUCGUCAUCCGGUUCUGGAGAGUGUGCUACAAGACAAUUUUGUCCCAAAUGACACAGACUUGCAUGCAGCUAGAGAGUAUUGUCAAAUUGUUACUGGACCCAACAUGGGUGGAAAGAGUUGCUACAUUCGUCAGGUUGCUCUUAUUGCUAUAAUGGCACAGGUCGGUUCCUUUGUACCAGCAUCAUCAGCAAAACUGCAUGUGCUGGAUGGCAUCUACACCCGAAUGGGUGCUUCGGACAGUAUUCAACGAGGACGAAGCACCUUUCUGGAGGAAUUGAGUGAAGCUUCACAUAUACUCCGCAAUUCUACUGAACGCUCUCUUGUUAUCCUAGAUGAGCUUGGAAGAGGGACAAGUACACAUGAUGGUGUGGCUAUCGCUUAUGCGACGUUGCAUCAUCUUAUAGAGAAGAAAAGAUGCAUGGUUCUCUUUGUCACGCACUACCCUAAAAUUGCAGAUAUCACAACUCAAUUCCCAGGCUCUGUUGGGGCAUACCAUGUUUCAUAUCUGACUUCGCAUAAAGAUGAGGAUGCAGUGAGCUUGAAAUCAGAUCAAGAAGAUGUUACUUACCUAUAUAGGCUUGUUCCUGGUGUUUGUGAAAGGAGUUUUGGAUUUAAGGUUGCUGAGCUUGCACAGCUACCUUCUUUAUGCAUCAGUAGAGCCUCAAUCAUGGCUGCUAGGUUAGAGAUGAUGGUAAGCAACGAAGCAAGAAAUAGAUCUGCAAAAAGGGAGUUGGUAGAACCAACAUUAAUAUAUGGGAAAGAAGAACAAGAGAAGAAGCAGGAAUGUAGCAAUUGGUCCGGCACUGGAGGGGUAGAGAUAUCGGAGGAGAUAAACAAUGGUUACAAGGAAUUCUUUUUGAACUUGAAAGCGGCAAUGGCUGAUCAUGACCAUGCAAACAGCUACCAGUUUCUGAACCAUGCUAGAAACAUUGCGAUGGAAUUAAUAAGCAAAUAAAUAACGUUUCUUUUUCCUUCACAGAUAAAUGUUUUUGAAGUUAACCAAUCCCAUGACUACGUAGCCAAUGUGGGGUGGAAGUUUUUGUUCACGAGCAAUGAUGGUCAUGCUCUCCAAUUUUUUUUUUUUCCUUCCUUUUCAAUUUGGUCUGGUUAUCUUGUAAUUAUUAGUAUGAUCAAAAUUGAAUAUUUUGGCAAAUAUAUGGAAAGCGCUAAUUCAUUCAA